AUGAGUCGUGUGAAAGCCCAGCCACACAGUCCAGAGCGAAAGGUUGUCUCAUGCAGCCGAUGGUGGGCUAAGCAGGCCCUACUUGCCGCACUGCUCUUGGAGGUGUAUGAGCGACACAGCACAAUGGUGAUGCUGGGGCUUCUGGCUGCUGCAGCUGCUGUGCUUAUGCGAAGUUGUGGGACAGAUGCAAGGCGAUGGGCCUGGCAUUUUCUCCAGGCCCGGCAGCCAAAUGUCAAGGUCUACAGACAGGUUCUCCUGCUGGUCUUCAGCUUCGAUGCACUUCUUCGUCAACCUGGUGUCACGGUGGCGGUUACGCUGAUGAUCUUGACUCAGUGGCUUGACUUGCCCUGGGCUCGCCUUGUGCGGGUGCUCGAUGCCUCGCGCCAGCUGCUGGACAUCCUGCCAACACCGCGGCGACCUGUCCUGCAUCGAGCCAUGUUUGCAGCGCUGGCGCUAGAGGCGCUGGGCAGUCUGAGCAGAUUGGCACUGGUCUCGCUGAUACUGGUGGUGCUAUGCGCUCUGGUGCGGUGGCGAUUCAGAUCUAGAUCCUCACAGUCUGUCGAGCUGAUGUUCGUGAUGUGCGAGAAGAUGGAUGCAAUGCGGGAGCGCAUGCAGAGCUUCCGCGAGCGUCUCCAUAUGGGGCGGAGCGAGGCCUACAUUCAGGAGGUGUGGCGCCCUUCUGACGUCACUUGGGCUGGCCAGAUGAUGGCGCUGCAGCCACCGCAGGUCGCAGGAUCGCAAGGAGUGUCAUUGUCAAGGUUUGAAGCCUUUGGCUCGAACAAUCUUCCUUGGGGAAGCGUAUCACGACUCUGCGCAUGCGGUUCGGCCAGUGCUGUGGCAGUGAUGAGCCGGCAGCUGAGAAAAAACUCGGUGCAGCAGCUCCGCUAG